UCGUUUUUCUCGUCACCUUCCUCCCAACCCAAGUCAUGACCCACUCAGCCAUUUCCACAAGUCAAAGAAACCAUCUUUUUAACCGAUCUCCCUCCCCAUGAUCUCAUUCUUCAUCAAACCCAUCUCUUUCCUUCCCUUUCUGUCAAAAUCUUAACUUCACAAAGACCUCCCUCAUUCUCAAUUUAUCACAUUCUGUCAUUCUAUCUCUCAAUUCAAUUCAAUUCAUCUCACCAACCAGUUUCUCACCCACCAUGUUGAUGCUGGUAGACUGCUCAGGCUGCCGCACGCCUCUGCAGCUGCCACCUGGAGCUCAAACCAUCCGCUGCGCCGUCUGCCAAGCCGUCACCCGCGUCGCCGACUCGCGCGCUCUUCCUCCUGCGCCCUCCUCCUCGUCCUUCCACCGCCCACCUCCUCCUUCCACUUCUCCCUACAACCACGCGCCGCCGGGGCCUCCUCCGUCGGCUCACGGACGCAAGCGGGCUUUGAUAUGCGCCGUGUCGUAUAAGCGCUCCCGGCACGAGCUCAAGGGCUGCAUUAACGACGCCAAGUGUAUGAAGUACUUGCUGGUCAACAAGUUCAGCUUCCCUGAGUCCUCCAUUCUUAUGCUCACUGAAGAAGAAUCUGAUCCUUAUCGGCGCCCAACCAAACAAAAUAUGAGAAUGGCGAUGUUUUGGCUUGUGCAAGGUUGUCAAGCUGGGGAUUCCUUGGUGUUUCAUUAUUCUGGUCAUGGAUCACAACAGAGGAACUACACUGGAGAUGAGGUGGAUGGAUAUGAUGAAACACUCUGUCCCUCGGAUUUUGAGACUCAGGGAAUGAUCGUGGAUGAUGAGAUCAAUGCGACAAUUGUCAGACCUCUUCCUCCUGGGGUUAGGCUCCAUGCUAUUGUAGAUGCUUGCCAUAGUGGUACUGUGCUAGAUUUACCAUUUCUCUGUAGGAUGGACAGAAGUGGAAAGUAUGUAUGGGAGGACCAUCGCCCUCGGUCAGGUGUUUGGAAAGGAACCAAUGGUGGGGAGGCCAUUUCCUUUAGUGGCUGUGAUGAUGAUCAAACCUCUGCCGAUACCUCGGCCCUGUCAAAGAUUACUUCAACUGGUGCCAUGACUUAUGCUUUCAUCCAAGCCAUCGAGCGUGGACAUGGAAAUACAUAUGGGAACAUGUUGAAUGCAAUGCGAUCUACCAUCCGUAACACAGAUAAUGAUCAUGGAGGUGGUAUUGUGACGUCUCUUAUCUCCAUGCUUUUGACAGGAGGCAGUCUUGGUGGAUUGAGACAGGAACCACAGCUAACUGCCAAUCAACCAUUUGAUGUGUAUACAAAGCCUUUCUCCCUUUAGUCAGUGAAACAGUAUUUCCAUCUUCUAAUCAUCCAGCGUGUCCGGACCUCCCACAAGUGCUUACAGUUCUUCCCAGGGAAACCCAAUUUUGUCAUCUGAUUGCUUCCAGUUCUAUCGGUUGUUAAUCUUAUAUUUUUUUUCUUGGGUAUCUCCCUCACAACCCACCACCACCACCACAACCACCCCCCUCUCCUCUCUCACCCUGAGAUCUUGCUAGAAAUAUGCAUAUUUUAUAGAAUGGGUACCUUGUAAAUCCAAUUUCCGGCAAACCCCUGACCUAGUUCCUUUUGAUGGAACAUACUUGGUCUUCAACAAGAUCCAAAUGCAAAAAUUCCCCGAUUCCUCCUAGUUAUUGUUCCUUAUCAUGCAAAGCAGAACCAAGAAACAAUGGAAACAGCUCCAAAACGAAUGAUUUUCAUCUAAUAUAUAUUUUUUCCAGUUA